UUGGUGGACACGGAGCGGGUGGACUUCAUCGCCGCCGCCCUGGCCUCCGAGGGGGAGUCCGCCGAGGAACACCGGGCCCUGAUGGUGCAGGAACGGUCCACCCGGGUGCCCAUGGGCCGCAUUGCCCAGGGCGACGACAUCGCCAAUAUGGCCGCAUUCCUGUCGUCCUCAGAGUCGGACUACAUGACCGGCCUCUCCAUCAGCGUGUCCGGCGGCUCGGAAAUGAACUAA